AUGGCCGCCUCCGACACCACCCCGGCCGCCUUCGACACCACCCCGACCGCCUCCGACACCACCCCGGCUGCCUCGCACGACGCCGCCCUCGCCGCCCUCGCCGCCCUCGCCGUCCCCCCCGCGAGCUACCUCCGCACCCACUCCCUCCCCUGGGACGCCGUCGCCACCUCCGCCCUGGUCUUCGCCCCCUCCGGCCGCGCGCUCGUCCUGCAGCGCGCGGCGGCCGACUCCCUCCCCGGGACGUGGGAGCCCCCCGGCGGCGCGGUCGACGCCGCCCCCGAGACCAUCCUGCAGGGCUGCGCGCGCGAGCUGCGCGAGGAGACGGGCCUGGCCGCCCGCCGCUUCGCCCGCCUGGUAGCCCGCCCGCCGGCGUUUGUCACCCGCGCCGGCAGGCUGGUCGGCCGGUUCGUCCUCGAGGUGGAGGUGGAGGUCGACGCCGACGCCGACGCCGACGUGGGGGAGCCCGGCGUGCGGCUCGACCCGCGCGAGCACCAGGACUGGCUGUGGGUGACGGCCGACGAGGUGCGCCGCGGCGAGGCGCGCGGUAGGAGGAGGCUCGUGUUUGCGCCGGGCGCGAGGGCCGUGCUGCUGCGCGGGUUUGCUUUGCGGGACGGGGGUGCCGGGGAUGCCGGGGAUGCCGGGGAUGCCGGUGCCGGUGAUUGGCAAGACGAGGCGGCGUAG